GAAUAAGCAGCCUCGCUUCCACGCCAUCGUCAGAUUCCUCUCGGAGCUCAGUACAUAGAGUCCUGGAGCUCGAGAUGCCCUCUCUGUGAACGCCCUCUUUCGCGCCAUUGUGCCGCUCUCCGCCGAGGCACUCGUAAUAUUCCCUCCACGUGACCCGCCUAUCAUCUCACCCCCUUCCUCCCCAUCUCCCCCCUCCCACCCAGCCGUAUCGGAUUCAUCCGCCCGCAGAGCGUGUUGGCAGUUUAGGCUGCGGAAGCCUCUACAUCAUGGCGUUGAUUUCAGACAGCUCAGUCCCCGACGGGCACGUCACCCCGGUUGGCGCGAAGCGCCUCCGGCCUAAGCGGCUCCGAUUGUCGUGGCCACAUGCGGGCGAUGGCAGACGAGCCAUUGUUGGCAAGUCGCCAUCUCACAAGGGCGGUGGCCGCCCCAUCUCGGACGCGCGCCUGGUGCACGUCUCGUUCUGGGAUGUCCAGAUGCAUUACCACUUGACGAGGUCGGCGCUCAAAGGGCGUGACCGGCCAACUCUUCGCAUACCCGUCUGCUGGAGUCCGUUCAAGCUGCAGGUUGGGAACAAAGACCUGUUCCAGUACUUCCAAUACGCCGCCUCCCACUCGCUGGCCACCUUUGGCUACGAUCCCCAUAGCCUGGGAAACGUGCUGACGCGCAUUGCUCUAGCCAGCAACACGCCUUCCGCUACCGCGGUUCUACAUUCGUUGCUGGCGCUGGCCUCGCUGCAUCGCCAUGGUGUUCAGGCGCAGGCCGUGGAGCUCAAGAUCUCCGCCCUCAAGGCGCUAUCCUCCGUGUCGGCCGACCAGAUCGGCACCAUGGAAGCCAUCCAGCACGUUGCUGCCGGGAUGCUUCUGUGUUCGUUCGAGAUCCACCAGGCGUCUUGCACCUCGGGGCAGUGGGCUUGGUACAUCCGUGGUGUUAAGGAAGUGAUCAACGCUGCCCACCUGAGCGACCUGCAUCAGGAUAAGGACAUGGCUGUCGUGUUGGACUGGGUGAGCUACCACGAUGUGCUGGCUCGCUUCACCCUGCGGCACUGGCAAGGGCAGGAAUCGAUGAGGGCUUCGUCGCCUGCGUCAACCGAAUCUCCGUCCUCGAGCGUGUGCACUGAGAUUUUCGAUACCACACCAUCGCUCUCGUUUCCGGCUUUGGGCUUGCUGUCGGCAGUCUGCGAUGCAGUAUCUGCGCGGCCCCCGGAUACGGGGGCUGUCGAAAACUUGGAUGAUUACAGAAGCUUCCUAAAGGUGCUGGACUGGAGAAUUAGGUGUCUCCCGAUCUCGACCGUGGCCGGCGACGCCAGCGCAGCACUGCUCGACGAGCUCUAUCAGCUGGCCAUGUUGGUUUAUCUGAACCGAGCGACGGGAGACUUGCUCGGCCAGGCGGCCAAGACCCAGCAGCAGAUCGACAGAGGCUUCUCCAUAUUCACCCAGCUCAGCUCAUGCGAGCGGCAGUUCCCCGUAUUUAUCCUAGGCUGCGAAGCUAGGACAGACGAGCAGCGGGCCGUCGUGCUCGACCUUAUCGCGAGAACGGAAAAAAAGGUUUCCUCGCGGUCGUUCAAUUUUGUCAGGCUCCUUAUACAGGCCAUCUGGGCCCAGGAGGACCUGUCAGACGGCGAAAUCAAUUAUUGGGACAAGCUCAGCUCCAUAAUCGGCUGUUGUUCGAUCAUGCCUACGUUCGUUUGAUAUUUCUUCGCGCCGGCUAACGCCAGUCAUCUACUCGAAGCCAACCUACUGUCCACCGCUGGUGGCCAUGCUCAUUGGGUGGGGAGAAUUUUUCUUGAUCCUUAUGUAUUGGUUCUGUUUGAAUAAGGCGUUGUAUUACUAUAGUAAAAGCCUUGAAACUAGUGUUAUUCCUGUCCUCCCAGCUGUAAUUUCUUUGCAACUCCCACCCAUCCCUAGUUACCAGGGGUCUUGACAAACAAGUGUGACUCUCGAGCGAGUCAUCUCUAUUGAAAGUUCCGUCGUGACGCAACCCCCCAGGAUAUAAAGCUAGGUAUGGGGGUAGAGGAGGAGGGAAGCUUAGGACCGAGUGGAGAUAGAUCCGUCUCACAACCCCUGUCCAUGCCUGUGUAUGUGUGCUGCCAAACAAAGCCGGAUAAGCGUAUCGAGGCUGGGCGCUUCACAAAGGCAUAUUUGCCAAGAGUGUUUGUUAUGAUUAGUUACAGACCGUCACCGGGAAAAGCGGGGGAUUGAAUUAAUAAUGGUAUUAUAAGGGUGUUAUAAUGAUAUUAGAGUAAGGGAUGAAGGU